AUGCUAGGUGAGAUUUCUCUCGAUUCGGACGUGGAUCUUGAUGAAGCACGAGAUUGUUUGGGUGAGCUGCGAAGCUUCACACGCCCUCCGGCAGUGAACGCACCGAUCUCUGUCAUCUUCCUCGUAGACCUCUCUAGCAGCAUGAAAAAGCGGGACAUCCAUGGCAGAGACAAGCUCCGUCGGAUCGAUGCAGUUGUCGAUGUGCUCAAAACCUUUAUCGUUCAGCAACGAUCCGCUGGGGCUGUGAUGGACCUGUACUCUUUGGUUACAUUGUCGAUGAACAGCUAUGAGGUCAAGUUCCUGAGGCGCACCAGCUCCGAAGCGAUUGCCGACCUCGGCUGUGCCAACUUCGAGCCUGCCGGCGUGGUCAACUAUGAUGAGAUAGUUUCUGCAGUCACGGAGCUGUCUGUUCCUGGACAAGUCUGCCGUGCAGUUUUCUUGUCCGACGGCUGUCCAGAAACAUUACGUGCUAGCGUUCUGCCCGACUUUCAAGCCCUUUUCGCAGCAAGCCCGAACGUGGUUCUUCACUGCAUCGGCUUCGGGCCCAAGGACUUCUCCAUUCUCCAGCAAGUUGCACAGAUUGGCCGAGGAAGUUUCAGUUGUGCCAGCUUGGAUGUGGAAAAUCUUGUCAACACGUUCUCCAGCCUCAGCAAGACAGUUACCGAAACAAGGAACACGGUAUGCCUUCGUGAUCGGAAGAUACGCUGUGUUGCUUUUGAAAGCGCAACGCGCUAUUCUGGAUGUCGGCUUACACCUUCCACCAAAUCCAAGUUCAUCAUGAGACCUAGGGAGGCAUGGCGUUACACUUUCACACUCUGCCAAGGUGCUGUGAUGACAAGAACCAAGCAGAAGUGCACAUUUCAGCUCCACCGCAACCCUUUCAUGCAGGGAGGGAUGCGUUUGGUUUACAGGUGCCGCGAUGCAGACAUCCGAACAGAAAUGGUGGCAAAGCUUUCCAGGUAUGCUGAGCACGACAACUGCUGGCAAUUCGUGCGGGGGUUCGCGAAGAACACGGCCCAGACUCGUAUGCUGACUCAGGAGUUUCAUAAGGCCAUCUGGUGGGCAAUCUUGACUGCCCGACGCGGACCUUCGCUACCUACAGCCCCACCUCCACUGCCUCCUGCACCAGCCCCUGGUGUGUCCCAGCGAGAGCGCGGCAGGUCACCUGCGCGAAGGCAGGCAGGCAUGCUUGCUCAUGGGCUUCCCAGUGAGGAGACACUGAAGGCCCAGGAACUGCUUCUAUGUCAAUGCCGGACGAAAGCCAAGCGACUCCUCUUCGUUGGCGAAUGCACCCAUCUCUUCACCGUCGCAGCUGCACGGCUCGUGGCCUUGUGGCUCCGGUCGGAGCAUCCUCGUCUUGAGUGGUGUACCACCGAGCUCUCAUGGCCGACAUCAGAGAAGAUGAGAUCGGAGCUUCGUGCCUCCCAGGCUAGCCUCCGUCCUUUCGGCAUCGACAUGUCUGAGAACGUGGAUGCGACGAACCUCAAACUGAAGCUCGAAGGAUUGGCAGGUGCAGUUUGGGUCAUGCCAUUUCCACACGAUAUGCAGGCACAAUCUGGCAGCCGAGAGGUCGUCACAGCCAUACAAGGCCUCUGCACCGGAUUUGUGCAGAGCACCUCCGAGUAUCUAAGUCCCGGCGAGGAUGGGGUUGGUGGCACUGUUAGUGUCAUCCUGUUGGCUCACCAGCACCUGGCGUGGAAGCUGCCGAUCACCUUGCAGACACGCUCAGGCACCUUUCUGCGGGAAGUCUUCUGGAUAGACCUCGUUCCCUUCCUGACCUACGGCUAUCGCCCACGAUUCGGGGACAACCGCGAUUCCCACAGACGAGCAAGGUACCACGAGGGUGACGAAGUCGUCAUCGUACGAUGGCGCCGAAAGCUCAACGAGGACGACCAGCCUGGAGGGAUGACAGAUCAACGUGUGCGAAGCGAAAGUGCCAACCGACGGAGCUGCAGCCGUGGUCGGAGCAGCAGCCGUGGGCGCCGUGAUCGGAGCCGAUGA